GGGAUAAGCGACGCACGAGCCAACGUGAUGCAACUAACCACCCCAAUUUCAAUCGAGACCCCUGUUUAUUCGCCCAAAUCCCUGCACCUACAAAGUAAACUUUCAGUGUCUUUCUAGAUUUCAAGAUUCAAAUCGCAACAUUAAGCUUUCUAUUUCCGCCAUUGCCGACACUUACAACCUCGAUAUCCACUACAAUGUCGUCCAUAGGACCGCAACUGCCACCGCACCUUUCGAAACGCAAGCGUACUCCUGACGACGAAUCUCCAGAAUCGCCAGCAGCAAAACAACGAGCUACAGACCGCAACCAAGACGAAGUAGAUCUCGACAGCGACGAUGAGGACGACUACGGCCCAUCCGCACCUGCACCUGCGCCUCCGACCAAAGGACCUAUAGGGCCUUCCCUACCACCUCUAAACACAGAUGAGGUCGAAUUAGAGGACAGCGACGACGACGCCAUCGGCCCAUCAGCUCCUCCACCGCCUCCCACAGCAAAACCCCAAACAAAACCUUCUAUAGGCCCUACACUCCCAUCCACAAACCGCGACGAAAUCCCAUCAGAAACCGCAGACUCCUCAGACUCUGAAAUGGGACCAGCACCAAAACCCGCCUCAGCGCCCACGAAACGCGUACAAGGUCCCGCCCCACCACCAGCCGCCCUCUCCGAGCGUCCUCCGGACCCAGCCUCAGAUUCGGACUCCGAUUCCGACGACGGCUACGGCCCAGCCCUCCCAACCUCAUCCUCGCACCAAGCGCGCCAAACCGCCGCUCUCGCAGCAUCCGCGGCCCGCGCCGCCGAAGAAGGCGCCGCAAAACCACAACGCGACGAAUGGAUGCUCGCGCUCCCCACCUCAUCCGGGUCACGAGCGCCGGACCCAACAAAACUCAAAAGCCGACGCUUCGCCUCGGGACCACGCGCCAACACGGACCCCAGCCGGGGCUCUAGCGGCGGCGAGAUAGCCAGCAUAUGGACCGAAACCCCGGAACAAAAACGCAAGCGUCUCGAGAACGCCGUGCUCGGGCGGGACACCUCUUCCUCCACCUCCACAGCCACCACCGGGAACAGCACGAACCAAGGAAAGAAGACAGACCUAGACGCGGAGCAAGCGGCGCGCAUCCGCGGGUACACGGAGGCGACGCGCGGCAAGUCGCUGUACGAGGAGCACCAGGCGUCGCGCAAGGGGCGCCAGCUGGCCCCCGACGAAGAGGAAGACGACCCGAGCAAGCGCGCCUUCGACCGCGAGAAGGACGUGCGGUCCGGCGGCCGCAUCAGCGCCGGCCAGCGGCGCGAGCUGAUGAGCCGCGCUGCGGACUUCGGGGGCCGGUUUGCGAAGGGGAAAUAUCUGUGAUGUGAUGUUGGAUGUGAAUGUGAUGUGGUGUGAUGUGAGGAAGGGAGGGGCCUACAAAUAGGCGGGAGGAUGUAGGUUAGACAGAUGAAAAGAUACGUAUAUGUCUACGUAUGACGAUGAGGAGAGGGGAAGGGACUAGAUUUGAAUGUCGACUCAAGAUACCCUAUUCACCGUUUAUGUGCUGCUAGGUAGUGCUAGACUGCAAAAACAACGAUAGAUUCAUUUUACGAAACGUAUCGAUGCUUGAGAUAACCAAGUAAUUCCCAUGCAUCGUAGUCACUCACA